UUUUCAGUGAAUUUACUGGACUCACGCACAGUGAUGGGGGAUCUAGGAUGGAUAGCCUACCCAAAAAAUGGGUGGGAAGAGAUUGGUGAGGUGGAUGAGAACUAUGCUCCGAUACACACAUACCAAGUAUGCAAGGUAAUGGAACAGAACCAGAACAACUGGCUUCUGACCAGCUGGAUCUCUAACCAAGGGGCGUCCCGCAUCUUCAUUGAGCUCAAAUUCACCCUGAGGGACUGUAACAGCCUUCCAGGAGGACUUGGGACUUGCAAAGAGACUUUUAACAUGUAUUACUUUGAAUCGGACGACGAGGACGGGAGGAACAUCAAGGAAAACCAGUACAUCAAGAUCGAUACCAUCGCUGCCGAUGAGAGCUUCACGGAGUUAGACCUCGGCGACAGAGUUAUGAAGCUCAACACAGAGGUGAGAGACGUCGGGCCCCUAACGAAAAAGGGGUUUUACCUGGCUUUUCAGGACGUGGGUGCUUGCAUCGCCCUGGUCUCCGUGCGUGUGUACUACAAGAAAUGCCCGUCAGUGAUCCGCAACCUGGCCCGCUUUCCGGACACCAUCACUGGAGCAGAUUCCUCACAGCUGCUGGAGGUGUCGGGCGUCUGUGUCAACCACUCGGUGACCGACGAGGCGCCGAAGAUGCACUGCAGUGCUGAGGGGGAAUGGCUGGUGCCCAUUGGGAAGUGCUUGUGCAAGGCAGGGUAUGAGGAGAAGAACAACACCUGCCAAGUAUGCAGACCUGGGUUCUUCAAAGCUUCACCCCACAGUCCAUCCUGCAGCAAAUGUCCCCCUCACAGCUACACGCUUGAUGAAGCAUCCACAUCUUGCCUGUGUGAAGAACACUAUUUUAGGAAGGAAUCAGACCCACCUACAAUGGCCUGUACAAGACCCCCCUCUGCUCCUCGGAGUGCCAUCUCAAAUGUUAACGAGACUAGUGUCUUUCUGGAAUGGAUUCCCCCCGCUGAUACUGGUGGAAGGAAAGAUGUGUCUUAUUAUAUUGCAUGCAAGAAGUGCAGCUCACCCUCGGGUCUGUGUGAGGCGUGUGGUGGUCAUGUCAGGUACCUCCCCCAGCAAACCGGCCUGAAAAACACCUCUGUCAUGAUGGUGGAUCUGCUUGCUCAUACAAACUAUACCUUUGAAAUUGAGGCAGUGAACGGAGUGUCCGACCAGAACCCCGGAGCCCGGCAGUUUGUGUCUGUAAAUGUAACCACAAACCAGGCAGCACCUUCUCCAGUGAGUAGUGUGAAAAAAGGGAAGAUCACUAAAAAUAGCAUCUCCCUUUCCUGGCAGGAGCCAGAUCGACCCAACGGCAUCAUCCUGGAAUACGAAAUCAAAUAUUUUGAAAAGGACCAAGAGAUGAGCUACACCAUCAUCAAAUCCAAAGAGACAACGAUUACGGCAGAUGGCUUGAAACCAGGCUCAGCCUACAUCUUCCAGAUCCGAGCCCGGACAGCUGCUGGCUAUGGUGGCUUCAGCCGAAGAUUUGAGUUUGAAACCAGCCCAGUGUUAGCUGCAUCCAGCGACCAGAGCCAGAUCCCUAUAAUUGUUGUGUCUGUAACAGUGGGAGUCAUUCUGCUGGCUGUUGUUAUCGGUUUCCUGCUCAGCGGAAGUUGCUGCGAUCAUGGCUGUGGGUGGGCUUCUUCUCUGCGUGCUGUUGCCUAUCCGAGCCUCACAUGGCGAUGUGGCUAUAGCAAGGCUAAACAAGAUCCAGAAGAAGAAAAGAUGCAUUUUCAUAACGGCCACAUUAAGCUGCCCGGAGUCAGGACCUACAUUGACCCCCACACCUAUGAAGACCCUAAUCAAGCCGUCCACGAGUUUGCUAAGGAGAUUGAAGCUUCCUGCAUAACCAUUGAAAGAGUCAUUGGAGCUGGUGAAUUUGGGGAAGUCUGCAGCGGGCGGCUGAAGCUGCAGGGAAAGCGUGAGCUUCCAGUGGCUAUCAAAACCCUGAAGGUGGGCUACACGGAGAAACAGAGGCGAGAUUUCUUGGGAGAAGCCAGCAUCAUGGGGCAGUUCGACCACCCCAACAUCAUCCACCUGGAAGGCGUCGUCACAAAAAGCAAACCAGUAAUGAUAGUGACUGAAUACAUGGAAAAUGGUUCUCUGGAUACAUUUUUAAAGAAGAAUGAUGGGCAGUUCACGGUCAUCCAGCUGGUCGGGAUGCUGCGAGGUAUCGCGUCGGGAAUGAAGUACCUCUCUGACAUGGGGUACGUGCACAGAGAUCUGGCUGCCAGGAAUAUCCUCAUCAACAGCAACUUGGUCUGCAAGGUGUCAGACUUCGGCCUCUCUAGAGUCCUAGAAGACGACCCCGAAGCAGCGUACACAACCAGGGGAGGGAAGAUCCCCAUCCGAUGGACGGCACCCGAAGCCAUUGCCUUCCGCAAGUUCACCUCGGCCAGCGACGUCUGGAGCUACGGCAUCGUCAUGUGGGAGGUGAUGUCCUACGGCGAGAGGCCCUACUGGGAGAUGACAAACCAAGAUGUGAUUAAAGCUGUGGAAGAAGGCUAUCGCCUGCCAAGUCCCAUGGACUGUCCUGCUGCUCUCUACCAGCUGAUGCUGGACUGCUGGCAGAAGGACCGCAACAGCAGGCCCAAGUUUGACGAGAUCGUCAGCAUGUUGGACAAGCUCAUCCGCAACCCCAGCAGCUUGAAGACGUUGGUUAAUGCAUCGAGCAGAGUAUCAAAUCUGUUGGUAGAGCACAGUCCGGUGGGGAGCGGUGCCUACAGGUCGGUGGGCGAGUGGCUGGAAGCCAUCAAAAUGGGCCGAUACACGGAGAUCUUCAUGGAGAACGGCUACAGUUCCAUGGACGCUGUGGCUCAGGUGACCUUAGACUCUAAUUCUUGCAAAGGGAUGAAUCACCUUGUGAAAAGUGGAGCCUCACCCUCCACCCCCUCUUUCCAACUGGAUAUCAGACAUGAAGGCAACCUUUCCAGUGGACCAGACCUGCUCUUUAAACUUGUGGACCACCUAGUGACUUUUGAGUGUGUCUGGAGCUCUUUCAAUCCACUGCAAGAAUAACUUUACCAGGACAAUACUCAAGAAUAGAUAGAUCCAUGACAUGAGUUUCAGUCUGACCCUUGACUGGACCAAUUACUAACCAUGUGGACGACAUACUUCCACCUUUUGAAAGAUCUCUACUCACUGAAUCUCAGGACACCCUGUUGUUUGUUAUUAGAUGAAGAGCUCUGAAUAUUUGUAAUAAUAUGUGCUGUGUUGCUUUGCAUUGUAUUUUUUUUUUUUUCUUCUAAAAUAAAAUAAAUUAUUUAUUAAAAGUUAUACUGGAUAAAGAGCGUUUAAGAGUUCACCUGCUCUAGAUGCUUAUUCUUAACCUGAAAUCUCAGAUUGUGAUACUGCAUCUGCUCCUGAACAAACCAGUUCUCAUCUCGUAAUCAUUGAGUAGGACAGGAAUAAUGAAUAAGAGCAGAUGAACUCUUAAAAAAAACUGAUUUUUAAGUCCUCGUUUCAUGCAGAAGUCCCUAGCGAGUGGAUUCCUCUCUGUUUAGCGUCCUUUGAAGGUCUUUGAGGUUCUUCUUUCCCCUCGCUCAAACUGACAACUAACUAACUGCGUGAGUAGCACCAGUCUGCACGGGCAAUUCUAGAGUUAACACCACACGAAGAAAAAUGGUGAAAUCUGGCCAGAAUGGGAGAUGAAAUACAAAAUAUCUGUGGUAGCAUGACGGCUGCCAGACACAGAGAUCUUUCAGGAACCUGGCCCGUUUGCUUGCACGACUGACCAUCUGGUGAGGGGGGGGUUGUAUUUUAUGUGGCAAUCCAGUCCUAGUCUACACUGUGUUUGACAAGUUGGUCCAUGGUGUAUAAGUAGUUCUGUUUGUAAAUAAAAUGUUUUAAAUAUAUAUUUCUUUACAACGUGGAGACCGUGAAUUCAACCCUUGCAAGUAGAGGAUGCUGUGUUGUCCCCGGCACGUUGCAGCUGGGCUUUCCUGCAAGGUGGUGGUAAGAGAGCAGCAUGCAUGUAGCUGUGUACAGGCUGUUUGGGAUGAGCUGACACCAAUUUUUCCCCUUUAUUUCCUUGGCUUUUUGGUCAAUUUAGGUCAGUCUCUUAGCGCCGUGUCGGCAAGUGAUGCCAAUUCCUGCCCGUUCCAUUUUUCAGCCCUACAGGAAUGAAAUAGAGGUGACAAGGGGAGACUUCUCCCUGAAACAAGAAUGAAAGUCAUCACGUUGCUGGGGUUGGGGGGGUCAAGUAUUUUGAAGCAGGGGGACCCCACAGCACAUGGGUAUCUCCAGGAUCUCGGGGAGCAUCCAUGCCACUGCCCCAGAGAUGGACACAAGACCCAACAAUGGAGCUUGGGUCACUUGCACGCCAAGGUGCAGCCUGGAUCCUCAUCAAAAGCAUCAUUUGCCCCCAGGUCUUAGUUGUGCCUUUUCUUGCAGGGAAUUUUCAGCCCUUGGGCACAGAUGUUGACCGUUUUUGUCCCAAAACCAGCUGCUUAACGCACCCAAUUUUGUUUAGAAGUUGGCUUCUGCCUUAGUCCUUCGGUGUUGGGUGCACAAGAGCAGGCCAAGUGCUGAAAGUCACCCUGGAAAAAUGGGAGUUCAAGCUCCCGAGUUCUCUAGGUGGUUUUUGGGAAGUUUUGUUGCUGAUUUUGCAACGCACAAAGGGGCUUUGGAAUAAGGCUGAUGGUUUCAUCCUAGGGGAGCACCUGGCUCAGGAGCUGCUGUCUUCUGGUCCGUCUUUGCAGAGGUGGAAGACACCGCGGUCGUUUUUGCUCCCUCUCCGAGGGAGUCCCUGCACUUUUGGCCGGUGGCUCCACAUUUGAGAGGAUUUGAUAUUCAAAAACAACAAAAAAAAAUAGGCUGGAUCCCCUGGUGAGCAGCUAAUGGAUUGAAACCAGAAACUCCUUUUUCUUCUUUCUCUCUUGUAAAUCAAUGAGGCGCUCCUCAAGGAUGUUGAGUUAAGGGGAUGCUAUAAGGGGGAAAAAAAAAAAAAAAA